GUCCGUGCGAGAGCCCGCCUAGGUCGGCACCGACGCGUCGGGCCGUACAGUGGUCGGGUGAUUCUGUCACAGCGACUGAAUGGUGCUGGAAGCUGGCGGCAAUGCGGCCAGGGUAGGUCGUCGUCGCGACUGUCAGCUGUCUCUCAGGCCACCUGCUCUCUCACUUGCAUUUGGAAUUUGGAUUUUCGUGGCGUGGUUCGGCUAUUGUGAUUGUGGUGACUGCGGCGUAUCGUGCCGGACGAAGGGUUUAAAAUGGAUAACACCAACCCAUCUCAUGCCCAAUGGACGGCGCUUAUGGAUUUUCUUGAGCCUGACGAAGAGAUGCUAGGAGGUAUUGUGCUGCAGCCAAGAGGACUCAACUAUUUAAAGCAACGGUGGGAGACUUUGGCCAUACUUCUUAACGCCACAGAAGGGGCAACAUGUGUCAAAACUGGUCCAGAAUGGAAAAAUGCAUGGAACAACUUAAAGUGCCGAUCCCGACGAAUCUACCGAGAUAAAGUAAGGCAUUUAGCAUUGGCAGGACAACCAUUUCCGCCCCCUGAAGGUGUUAAUGGCCUCAAUGAAAUCGGUGUAAGGGCCAUCCAAAUAAGUGGGGGUGUUACCAUGGCAUUGAAAUGUUUGGGGCCACUUCCUGCUCAGAUAGACCAACUAGUACAGCAAGUUGCUGAAGCACCUGCCCAAGUAGCGCAAGCUGCUGAGGCUGCCCAUGCUGCGCCACCUGCUCAACCAGCUGAGGCUGCCCAUCCUGCGCCACCUGUUCAACCACCUCACGCUGGCCAAGCUGCACAAGCUGCUCCACUACCUGAGGCUGGCCAAGCAGCGCCACCUGUUCAACCACCUGAGGCUGGCCAAGCUGUGCAAGCUGCUCAACCACCUCAGCCUGCCCAAGUUGCGCAAGCGGCUCAACCAGUUGCUUUUGUGGUGCUAGACGAUGAAGCACUGCUUGGAGAGGCUGCUGGGCCUGUUGCAGGCGUCGAACCAGACCUUGUUCCAUUCAAAUGGGAGAACGAAGAUGACAAUGAUGUGCUAUUUUUGGACUUGGUGACACCUGUGAAGAAUGAAGUGGAGGUGAAGCUGGAGCCUGUCAAAGCCCAAAUCAAGGAGGAAGGAGGAAUUGGAGGCAUGUACCACACCCCGCCAAGGGACUCUGGUCUCACACCUUCUUGCAAGAGAAGGCUUCUUAGAGGCCACGCCCGUGAUGAAGGGUUUUGGGCGCAGCCUGGCACAGGACACCUAGCUGAGUCUAGGCUAGAUGCGUUGAUCAGAGAUAAUACUAAUGUUAUGCAAGAGUUAUUGAAGGUGAUGCAAAGUAUCAAUCUCAAAUUUUGAUUAUUAUCAUUCAUCUUGCAUCUGACCCAUUGACCACGAACUGUAACAUUUAAAUGGAAACAUUUAAAUGUACAUUUGCACAGUUCCAUUUGUAUAUGUUUCUCUUUUCCAAGUUUUAAUUGGUUGUUUUUAGCCACUCAAAACAUAAUCUCAAACUUUUCUUGAUUUUUCUUGCAUUUGCAAAUUUGACCAAUUUGUCACAUUUCAUUUUUUUAAGAAGUUCAAUUGUGUUUUGUUGUGCAUAAGCAUGCAUCUCAAACUUGUCCUGAUAUUAUUGUUCAUUAGAUGUUCCUUUUUUUUAAUGUUGGUUUUUUUCCUAUGUUGACUAUUUGGGGUGAGUGUGAGGUAACUCAAUUUAAUUUCACUCUGUAUUAGAAUAGUUGUGACAUUUUAUACUUUUAUUUUAGUUGGUACAAGCUGUGAAGAGUACAAGUUGUAAAGAGUGACACUUUAAUGUUCA